AUGGCCAACGACCCAUCGGAACAUCUUCGGGCACGGGUCGAUCAACUGCCUCAUUCUGACAGAAAAGUAUGCGCCAUCUUGUAUACACAUACGGGAGAAGAGGAAGAAGAGGCUCGCGCUGGCCGUGGCCUCGCGUGGCUGGGAGAAGGAGCGCGCGUCGCCGGCCCGUCGUGCAGCAGCAGCAGGAGCAGCACGCCAGCCCCAGGUCGCGUCUGGAGCACGGAGGCCGGCACCUCCGGCUGCUCGUCCUCAACCGUGCCCGCCCGCGGCAGUGGACCGCAGCCCUUCGCCAGUCGCCGCUGCAACAGCCCCGCCGGCGAGCUGGCGACCGUGUGGCGAAAGGGGCCCCCCAGCGGCUCCAGUUGCUCGCGGCCAGACGGCGGUCCGGCCCAGCUCGGCCGCCGCUCGUCGCAGCGGCACCGGUGCCGGUGCAGCCAGUGCUGUCGCGACGGCUCGCGGGAGAACCACAAGCGGCUGGUGGGCGCGGCGCGCAGCUUCGACGACCUCGAGCCGCACCAGCCGUACCCCCACUGCCGCAACGCCAAUCGGCGCCGGCCCAGGAGCACCAACCGGGGUCGCUACGGCAGCAGCCACAGGUUCGUGACGUCGGACGACUACCGCUGCGCGUCGGUGUCGCCGCCCCCAUCGCCGGCGGGGGACAAGCUCUGCCAGUCUCACCCGUCUUCCACACAGUUCAAGGUGGUGCUCGACGUGCGGCAGUUCAACCCCGAGGACCUGACGGUGAAGACGUGCGGCAAGCACGCCGUCAUCCAGGCCGUGCGCACAGAGGACCGCGGCCGCAAGGGCAUCGUCGUCAAAGAGUUCACGCGCCGAUACCUGCUGCCGGACGGCGCGGACUGCGACCGCGUCUCGUGCUCCCUCACCGAGGACGGCUUCCUCACGGUAGACGUGCCCAUGAAGGACCCGCCGCUGGUCGAGAACGAGCGGGUCGUGCCCAUCACCGUCAUACACGGCAGCGGCGGCGCAGGUGGCGCAGUCGGCCAGCAGGGCGGUCAGUCGCUGCCCUCGGGACAGCAGCCGUGCCAGGAGUACAAGAAGAACCAGUCCUACCGGAGGCCCUCGAGACUCAGUCUGCACUCAACUGACGACAUCGGCUAGACCGAGCGCGGCAACGGAUCACUCGCGUCGAUGACAGGAAGACGAGUAUAUGCGGUCCGUAAUCAUCAGUCGAGUGUCACGAACCGACUACAGCUUUGACAGCUUGAGUGUGCUCGGCUGUGUGUGCCUGCUUUGAUCCUUUUGACCCACGGCAGUUCCGAGUCGACGUAGGAGCGAGAAAAUGACAUCAGACAAGACACCUCAUCGAUGACAAGUACUUCGCCUUUCCCCACGCAGAGCCACGCUAACAACGCUACGGCACCAGAAGUCCCGAUACACUGGGCAGGCGCGGAGUAUCGUUGCCCAAGCAACGAAAGCGAGCGCUUACUCGUCGUUCCAGCAGCCUCAGCUUGAUGCUGGGACUGGAUGCUGACGUUUAAUCACGCGGACAAAUAAAAUGCAGUGAAUAGCGAUCUGCUACAUCUAUACACGUGAUCAACGGAUUUGCUCUUAU